CUUCGCUGGCUGCUGCCACCGGUGACCUCCGGCGCCCAGGGCCAGGCACCUCGGGAAGGAGUAGGGGAGGAAGAGCUAGGCUUCGGAGGCAGUCCCAGGCUCCCGAGGGAGGCGCACCGGCAAGGGGCGACCACCAUGUGUGAGCUGUACAGCAAGCAGGACACCCUGGCUCUGAGGGGGAAGCACAUCGGGCCCUCAUGCAAAGUUUUCUUUGCUGCCGAUCCCAUCAAAAUAAUGCGAGCCCAGAGGCAAUACAUGUUUGACGAGGAAGGCGAACGGUACCUGGACUGCAUCAACAACGUGGCGCAUGUGGGACACUGUCACCCAGAAGUGGUCCAAGCUGCCCUGAAGCAGAUGGAACUGCUAAAUACAAAUUCUCGCUUCCUCCACGACAACAUCGUUGAGUAUGCCAAGCGCCUUUCAGCCACUCUGCCGGGGAAGCUCUCCGUUUGCUACUUCACUAAUUCUGGGUCUGAAGCCAACGACUUAGCUUUACGCCUCGCUCGACAGUUCCGAGGCCACCAGGAUGUCAUCACUCUUGACCAUGCUUACCAUGGCCACCUGUCAUCUUUAAUUGAGAUCAGUCCAUAUAAAUUUCGGAAGGGCAAAGAUGUCAAGAAAGAAUUUGUACAUGUGGCACCAACUCCAGAUACUUACAGAGGAAAAUACAGAGAAAACCAUGAAGACCCAGCUAAAGCUUACGCAGACGAAGUGAAGAAAAUUAUAGAAGAAGCUCAUGACAGUGGAAGGAAGAUUGCUGCCUUUAUUGCUGAAUCCAUGCAGAGUUGUGGUGGACAAAUAAUUCCUCCAGCAGGCUACUUCCAGAAAGUGGCUGAAUACGUUCGCAGAGCAGGGGGAGUGUUUAUAGCUGAUGAAGUUCAGGUAGGCUUUGGCCGAGUCGGGAAAUAUUUCUGGAGCUUCCAGAUGCAUGGAGAAGAUUUCAUUCCAGACAUUGUCACCAUGGGAAAACCGAUGGGCAAUGGCCAUCCAAUUGCAUGUGUGGUAACAACCAAAGAAAUUGCAGAAGCCUUCAACAGCUCUGGGAUGGAGUAUUUCAAUACAUAUGGAGGAAAUCCAGUGUCUUGUGCUGUUGGUUUGGCUGUACUAGAUAUAAUUGAAAAUGAAAACCUUCAAGAAAAUGCUGUGAGAGUGGGCCAUUAUCUAACUGAACUACUGAAUGAGCAGAAGGCUAAGCAUUCUUUGAUAGGAGAUAUCAGGGGUGCUGGCCUUUUUAUUGGAAUUGACUUGGUGAAAGACCAUGAGAAAAGAACACCAGCUACGGCCGAAGCCCAGCACAUCAUCUACAAGAUGAAAGAGAAACGAGUGCUUCUCAGUGCUGAUGGCCCACACAGGAAUGUGCUGAAAAUAAAACCACCCAUGUGCUUCACAGAAGAAGAUGCCAAGUUCAUGGUGAACCAGCUUGAUAGCAUUCUAACAGAUUUAGUUUUAGAAGUCACGAAAGCCAGAAACAAAAGUAUCAUCUCUGAGGAUGCACCAUGCAGAAUAAAGAUGCCUAGGGAAACACAUGAGGAAUUGCCCAGCAACAGCACCAUGGAGUCUACAGAAAACCACAGCAGAAAGAGAAAUGGCAUGUGCCCAGACAAGCCUGCACUGCUCAGUAAAAGACUCAAGACUGAAAGAUGAGCAUUACGAAGCAAGAUGAACGCCCAGGGAUGCGCAGGAUGAGCGAAUAGGUCUUCAGAGCCUCUAGGUAUAGAAGUUUCCACUGGCUUAGAUGUGUACAUGAAAACUGAUACUAAUAAAGUGAUAAAAUAUGUCAA